GUUGCGACAAAACAGAAAACGUUCUGACGUGUUGGAAAACGAACGCUUCACCUCGCUUCGCUUCGCUCCUCCUCCUCCUCCUCCGCCUCUGGCUCUUGCUCUUGCUCUGGCUCUUGCCAUUGCCAUUGCUCUUUCUGUAGCAUUCUCCUCUGGCUCUGGCCGCUUUUCUCGCUCAGCUCAGGAAGAGACGGGCGAAAACAAACGCGAAAAGCGAUUUCGACAUUCUCGCGGACGCAACUGAACGAAUCGGUCGGAACGGCAAAGAACUGAAUCGCAGCGGCAGCAGCAGCAGCAGCGCCAGCACCACAGAUACAGAUACUUUUCAUAAUUAAGAUUUUUUCGUUUUCCGCUGCGCGAUAUUUGGUUUUCACCCAAUUUCCCCCGCACUUGUUAUGUAAGGGGUGUGUGUGUGUGUUUACUCCUCGCUGGGCAUUCGUCGCAUUCGUCGGGCGGUCCCCGCCAUGCAAGUGAAGGCAUAGGAAAGUCAAGGUCGCCACCAGCACCAGUAGCAGCAUCACCAGCAGCACCACCCCCACCACCGCCGCCGAUGCCACCACUGCACCCCGUUACUGCAGCCGGGGGCCAUGUAGACGCGACAAUCGAAAAAGAAAUCCAAUUGUCGAAUCGAGCACUGAAGCGUAUAGAAAGCGAGCAGCCGGGGAACGAGAAUGGACGCCACCUGCCCCAGGGAGGACAAUGCCACAGCGGCAGCUGAGGCAGAGUGGCCCUGGAAAGCUGGUCCCUGGCUGGACUUGUACCCCAGCUACCUGGAGAGCCUGCAGGACAUCGUGGACCUGGCCAGCUGGGUGAAUCAGCAGAGCCGUCACGUGACGAACACUCUCGCCCAGGAUCAGAUUUUCGUUGGCGUGCUCCAGGCCUCGCUGCUCCUCUUCUUCCUCUAUCUUAUGUACCAGCUGCAGCAGUGGAGCAGCCGGAGUCCGGAGGAGCCGCCCAGCGACACGGCCACCGCGGACGUCACGAAGCAGCUGAUCUGCGACUUUAACUUUGUCUCCGAGCAGGAGAAGCGCGCCGCUCAGGAGGCGGAAACGGAGGCCCUGCUCGAGGUGGAGGAGAAAAAGCGUCGCAAGAGGUUCACCAAAAAGCGCGUCUGCGUCUCGGCCGGGCCCGUUCUCAUCGCCCUGCGGCAGCAGUCGAAGCGUCCCAAGCCCCAUCGGCACCAGGCCUUGGCCUUUGAGCCGAUUUCCCCCAUGGAGCGCGUCCUCGAAGGCUACCUUCCUCCGAGGGAGCAGCCGUUGACGAUCAGUCUCCCCCCGCAGGAGCCAGUCUCAGUCCCUGUCCUUGUUCCAGCGAGGGAGGAGGAAACAACGCAGCUCCCUGAGUUCAUUUCGGAGCCCCGCGGGACCUUGAGCACGACAGACGAGAUCUACCCUGACUCGUCGGACAGCAGUCUGUACGUGUCGGACGAGGAGCAGGAGGACGCCUCUCAGUAUUGCCGCGGCGGCUAUCAUCCGGUGGUCAUCGGCGACAUAUUCGACAAUCGGUUUCGAGUGGUCCGGAAGCUGGGCUGGGGUCACUUCUCCACCGUCUGGCUGUGCCGGGAUCUCAAAGACGAGAAGUACGUGGCCCUGAAGGUGGUGAAGAGUGCUCCGCACUACAUCGAGACGGCCGCAGACGAGAUCCGCCUGCUGGAGGCCAUCCGCGACGCGGACCCACUGGACGUGAAGCGGGAGCGCAUCGUCCGGCUGAUGAACCACUUCACGGUGCGCGGCGUGAACGGGAUGCACACGUGCCUGGUGUUCGAGGCGCUCGGCUGCAGCCUGUACAAGCUGAUCGUGAAGAACAACUACCAGGGCCUGGCCAUCGCCCAGGUGCGCAACAUCAUCAAGCAGGUGCUGGAGGGGCUGGACUACCUGCACAGCAAGUGCAGUAUCAUCCACACGGACAUCAAGCCGGAGAACAUCCUACUGGUGAUCGACAAUGCCGCAGCCAUGAACCAGCAAAUCGACGACGAGAUCAACAGUCUGCGCGUGAAGGGAGCCGACUUCCCCGACUCGUACAUCAGCUCCAUCGAGAAGCAGACCAAGACGCGGUCCAAGUGGCCGCUGAUCGAACCUAACGGAUCCACGAACACCAACACGAACACGAGCAACAGCACGGGCAACAACUCGACCUCUUCGACGCCUCUGGCCGCUGUGGCCAUGUCCUCGCUGGACAAGGACGACACCACCACUUCGUCCACCCUGAACUCGAACACCACCUCCUCGCUGGCCUCCAAGUACUCGAGCCUGCUCGGCGACAGCGAGUGCAACGGCAUCGGCGGUGGCGUCAGCCUGAUCGGGGGCCUGGGUGGUGGCGUCGAGAGUCCCAUUCUCAACAACCGAUAUCGAACCGAGAAGAAAAUCACUGCCAAGUCUUCCGUCGAAUGCGAUGACGACACCCUGGGCGACCACAGCACCAUGGCCAGCGACACGCCUACCGAUGACCCCGACGCCAGUCCCAGUGGCCAGCCGGCGGACAAGCAGCUGCCCAGCUCCAACUCCAAUUCCAACCCCGCCUCCACCAACAACUCCUGCCCCUCCUACAACGCCAACACGAAUCCGAAUACCAACCCAAAGAUCAACACAAAUACUCAAAGCACGUGCACGUCCAUGCCCAGCGAGUACACCAACAACCAGAACUGCCCCUCCACAACCGCCACAACCGUCACAACCGCCACUCCUAGUGCAACUCCUGCCACAGCCUUAGUUUCCAUCUCCACCUCCGCCUCAGCCACGCCCCCCAGCACGUGCACGUACUCGUUCACGCAUCUAGCGCCAACAACUACGACUCCAACCGCAACAACUGCAACUGCAAGCACAGAGCUGUACAAUGGCGACCAUACAUCUACAACUACAACCAACGCGACCUCAACAACAACAACAACUACAACAACAACAACUGCAACAUCAGCAAACACAUCCGCUAAACUAAAUGUCCAUGCCAAUGCCAUAUCUUCGCAGAACCAGAGUCAGAGUAGCCAGAACAACACCUACACGAUACAGUCGCUCAUCAGCAACAGCAACGUGCGGGUUAAGAUCGCCGAUCUGGGCAACGCAUGCUACGAUUACCAUCACUUCACCGAGGACAUACAGACGCGGCAGUACCGAUCGAUCGAGGUCCUGCUGGGGGCACCCUACAACUAUACCGCCGAUAUCUGGAGCACCGCUUGCCUGGCCUUCGAGCUGGCCACCGGCGACUAUCUGUUCGACCCGCAUGCCGGCGAGUCGUACAGCCGGGACGAGGACCACUUGGCGCACAUCGUCGAGCUGCUGGGCUCCAUUCCGCAGUCGGUGAUACUGCGGGGCAAGCACGGACUCAAGUACUUCACCAGUUAUGGCAACCUGAGGAACAUCACCAAGCUGAAACCGUGGAGCCUGAUGAACGUGCUCGUGGAGAAGUACGACUGGGACCCGGUGGAGGCCAAGAAGUUCUCCGACUUCCUGCUGCCCAUGCUAGAGUACAAUCCCGUCAUACGCGCCUCGGCGGCCGAGUGCCUGCAGCAUCCCUGGCUCGACCAGGAGGAGUUCGUCUAGUGUCCCUGGAGAGAGGAGACAGACCAGACCACAGGCAUAGACCCAUGAAUAAUACAUAACAUACGUAUUUCGUACUCAUAUUUCUAGGCUUAAAUUUUAUAUGCGACCCAGUUUGUUAUAAACGAGAAAUUAUAGUUGAUAGCGUUGAAAGCGGAAACGGAAAUGGAAACAAAACAAAAACCAAACAAAACUAGAGUUAAAGGAUUCGAUACACAAACACAGAAACAGAAACACACACGCAAACAGCAAACACACAUACAUACGAUACGGGACAAGGGAGGAGAUGUGGAUGUGGAUGUGCCGCCUGGAAUUUUUUAAGCUUUUUUCAUUUGAAACACGAUUUUUGUACUCGAGAGCUUUAAACGUAAUUGCUAAAGAGCGAUUUUAUUUUAAACAAACAAUGAAAACGAAAGCGGCUAAAUGCGCAAAUCUUUUUCACGAUUUUAUUUCAACUGCGUACAUACAUAUAUAUGAUAUGUAUGUAUAUACAAGCAUAUAUAUAGUAUAUAUAUAUAUAUUUUAUAUUUAAAGAGAAACAAGUAAAAACAAAAGACAAUGACGACAAUUUUGAAGUCAACAGAUGCCUAAACUGACUGACUGAAAUGGAAAACACUUUCAAGCGAAAACACCCAAAUAAACAUGCUAAAUAAAUUAUACGAACUAGCAAAAUAUUGAGAGAAGCGCAUAAUUAAUAAUACUACGACUAACUAUAGAGCCAAUAAUAUAUGAUAUGUGUAUAAUUAACGAACCCUAAGUGUAGAUAUCGACAAUGUUCAAUACAAAUCAGAUGCAGAUACAGAUACAGACACAAAAACAGAUUUAGAUACAGAUAAAUCAGAUAAAAAUACAGACAGCUUUCUAGCAGCAUGUAGUGAUUGUGGUACAUUUAACCAAGCAGAUUAUUGAUUAUCGUAGAAUCCUAAGGCUAUGUUUCCCCCUUUUUUUUGUUUGGUUUGCCAUAACCCUCCCACUUGGAGCCUGUAUCCUGCACCCAGGCAGAUUAAUGAUCCGCAGUUAUUUUGUUUCGUUUCCACAACAUUUUCAUAAUAAGCCAUUAAUCAACUCGUUGUAGUGGAAUUGAGAAAGAACGGAACGGAACGGAACGAAGUUUGCACAACACCAAAAUAAUACCAAUGAUAUUUAACGAGAAAUCGAAAUCGCAUUACCAACCAGAUCUAAGAAACGAAAAUAUUUUAUUACUUGCCUACAAGUAUUUGUACACAAGACAAGCCUAAGAUGUAACUUUGAACGUGACCAAAUAAUUUAAUAAUCGGAAUAUUUUUCCCCGAAUCACACACAUAUUGAAUAUACAUACACCAAGCGGACACAUGGCUUGAUCUACAUAUAUGCCGGUGUCCGGAUGAUAUGUAACAGAUAUUUGGGCAACAAUGCAACAGGGCAACAGGGAGAAGGAGGCGCGCUGCACGUUCGGGUGAGCGACAGGCAGACAGACACAUCUUUCAGUAAGCCGAAUAAAGAAUAUACAUACCGAUCAAAUAA